AUGCAGCCGACUGCUGGGUGUGCCCAGAGUAUUAUUGUUGCUGAGAGGGUUGUGCUAAAUUUCAUGCAAAGAAUGAGUGGAAUCGCUACAAUGACAAAGGCCAUGGCUGAUGCUGCUCGUCCAGCAUGCAUAUUGGAAACAAGAAAAACUGCUCCACGUUUACGUCUCGUUGACAAGUGGGCUGUACUAAUUGGUGGUGGGAAGAAUCACAUGCUUGGAUUAUUUGAUAUGGGUAUCAUAAAAGAUAAUCAUAUUUCUGUUGCCGGGGGUAUUACAAAUGCAAUGACAUAUGUUGAUCAGUUCUUGGUUAAGGAAAACCUUGCAGUUCCUGUUGAGGUCGAGACAAGGACACUCGAGGAAGUUAGAGAUUUAUUGAAGUAUACUGAUGAGAACAAAACUUCAUUAACUCGUAUAAUGUUGGAUAAUAUGGUUGUCCCUCUUCCCAAUGGGGAUCUAGAUGUAUCAAUGCUCAAAGAUGCAGUUCAGUUGAUAAAUGGAAGAUUUGAGACCGAGGCAUCUGGAAAUGUGACGAUCGACACGGUGAAGAAAAUCGGAGAGACUGGAGUUACAUACAUUUCAAGUGGAGCGUUGACGCAUUCCGUGAAGGCGCUCGACAUAUCCCUAAAGAUAGACACCGAGCUGCCUCUUCAAGUUGGAAGGCGUAAAAAUCGCGCGUGA